AUGCCCCGCGUCCCCACAACCAGAGAAGUUGUGCCCGGUGCACCCGUCAACAUCGUCUUAAAAGCUGACCAACCAACCGGUCGCACCGUCUCGGGCACUAUCGCCGACGUGCUCACCCGCGGAAACCAUCCCCGGGGUAUCAAAGUCCGGCUCACGGAUGGCCGGGGACAAAGGACAAGAAGGACCACCUCCGAAGCAGAGCUUCCUUCGCAGAAUAUCGGUCUAGAUGCAUAUAUGGUUAGUGCAAGACCGCGGCGGGGUGCACGUCGAGAUGAACCUCAACAACCCGUGCACAAUGGUUCGGUCGUGACUUGCCCUGUUUGUGGGGUGUUUGAGGGCGACGAAACUGCUGUUGCGCAUCAUGUGGCUGGGCAUUUUGCGGAUUGA